AUGGCCAAAGUGUCCCCCUUAGCUCCGCCCGCCAUCGUCGUCACAGAGAUGGAGCGGCCGAAGUGGAGCGAACAGUCAAGUCGAAAAGCCGCCAUUUUGUUCAACGUCAAUAACAGCAACAACAACGACGAUCAAAAAGAAAAGGAGGAGGAAAAAGAAGAAACCAAAACAUCAGCGAAGGAUGAAGAGAAGCAGAGGAAGAAGAGAGAGAAGAAGGAGAAGAGAGAGCAGAAGGAAAAAGAGCGGCAAGAGAAGAAGGAACGAAAAGAGCAAAGACUGAAGGAAAAGGAGCAGAAACAAAAAGAGAAAGAGAAGGAACAGGAAAAGAAAGUUGAGCCCCCAAAAGAGAUUGCUGUUAUCGACCCGGCCUCCAACACCUACUAUUACUGGCUCUUAAUCAUCACUAUCCCUGUAAUGUACAACUGGACCUUCAUCAUUGCCAGGGCGUGUUUCGAGGAGCUGCAGACGGACUAUCUGUACCUGUGGUUCUUCCUGGACUUUGCUUCAGAUAUGACCUACAUCGGGGACAUGGUCUUCAGAACAAGAACUGGGUAUCUGGAGCAGGGCUUGUUGGUGAAAGAAGAGCUCAAACUGAGGGAACGUUACAUGCAGAGUUUUCAGUUCAAAAUGGACGCAGCUUCCAUGGUUCCCACCGAUAUCCUCUUUUUGAUCCUGGGAGUGAAGUACCCAGAGAUCCGCCUCAACAAACUUCUGCGAUUCAACAGGAUGAUGGAGUUCUUCCAGAGGACAGAGACCAGGACAAACUUCCCCAACGCUCUGAGGAUCUCCAACCUCGUCAUGUACAUCGUCAUCAUCAUUCACUGGAACGCAUGUCUCUACUACUCCUUCUCCAAAGCCAUCGGUUUCGGCUCAGACCGGUUUGUGUACCCGGACCCCGCAAACCCGGAGUUUGGACGCCUUGUUAGGAAAUACGCCUACAGCAUGUACUGGUCCACACUCACCCUGACCACCAUUGGAGAAACACCGCCCCCUGUGGAGAACUCAGAGUACUUCUUUGUGGUCACAGACUUCCUGGUGGGAGUGCUCAUUUUCGCCACCAUCGUUGGAAACGUGGGCUCGAUGAUUACCAACAUGAACGCAGCCAGAGCCGACUUCCAGGCACGAAUCGAUGCCAUCAAACAAUAUAUGAGCUUCAGGAAGGAAGUCUGUGACCACAAAGAAGUACCUGAGUUCUCCACAGGGGGCGGUGUUUCCCCAAUGGUGGUCAGGUGA